AUCUGCAGAGAUAUAGGUGUGCGAAGUAAUGCAAUCUGGCAAACAAUCACUGCUCAUCAGUCAUUUAUACCGAUAUAAUUUCAUGCAGAAGUCGCAAAGCAAGACACUGUGGUUGUUAUUUCUGUCACGGUUCCCUCGCUGAUUUUUUGAGAGCGCACAGAGAAACGAGCGCCCCUCUGAUCCCGACGGAUUGGACUCUUCCGCACACUGCCAUGUUGGAUGGAACUGGCUCCGUGCUCUCUGGCGGCCGGACUUCCCAGGAAAGUUUUACCCUUUUCCGUCUUCACACCGUCGCUGCAAUUUUGAAGUUAUUUUAAACCGGAUCGGGACGUCACGUUGUAUUCUUAAACCCUACACUUAUUUUGACAGCCCAGCCUUGCAGACCCCCGGCUUAAACCGAACCGGUGUGAGGGGUCGGCGGAAGGCCACGGAUGACCGAGGGAUUGUUUAUAUAUCUUUUUUGGAUUUCAUAACGAGUUAGAGUCUGUGCAUACUUUUUACAUUGAUCACCAAUAAUGAGUGGACACCCGCCGCAACGGCGGCAAGCAAAUGUUGGUUCGCUGCUGUUGACACCGCAUGAGAAUGACUGCCUUUUCAACCACCUUGGCAGGAAAUGCAUCACGCUGUCCUCAGCGGUGGUCCAAGUGUUCACAGCAGAGAGAAACUCUGGAUGGAGCAAGAAGUGCUGUGGAGUGGCUUGUCUAGUCAAAGACAACCCCCAGCGAUCCUACUUCAUCAGGGUCUUUGACAUUAAGGAGGGUAAGACGAUGUUUGAACAGGAGCUGUACAACAACUUCGCAAUCAACCUCUCCAGAGCCUACUUCAUCACAUUUGCUGGGGAUGCAUGCCAGGUGGGUCUGAACUUCGCCAGUGAGGAGGAGGCCAAGCGUUUCCGUGCCCAUGUAACAGAGCUACUGGGAAGAAGAAUGAGAAAAACCGAGAAGAGACGUGACCCUCCAAAUGGACCCACGUUGCCCAUGGCCACCGUCGACAUCAAGAACCCAGAGAUCAACAAUGUUCAGCGUUACCAUAACAACUCUCAGGUCAACAACAUUGUGCACUCCUCCUUCCCAAAGAAAGAGAAGAAGGGGAAGGCAAAGAAGAAGAGGUUGACCAAGGCAGACAUCGGCACACCAAGCAACUUCCAGCAUAUCGGACACGUAGGAUGGGAUCCGAAUACAGGCUUUGAUCUGAAUAACUUGGACCCAGAGUUGAAGAACCUGUUUGAUAUGUGUGGCAUCUCUGAGGCUCAGCUCAAAGACAAGGAGACAUCUAAGGUCAUCUACGACUUCAUCGAGAAGAAAGGAGGAGUGGAGGCUGUCAAAAACGAGCUACGAAGACAAGCCCCUCCACCCCCUCCAUCCAGAGGAGGGCCCCCUCCUCCACCCCCACACCAUGGCUCAGCCCCGCCUCCUCCACCUCCUGCCCGGGGCCGGGGCGCACCCCCUCCACCUCCCCCCUCCAGAGCCCCCACCUCAGCGCCUCCACCUCCUCCCCCGUCCCGGCCAGGGGUGUCCGCUCCCCCACCUCCCCCACCCAGCCGAGGCUCCCUUCCUCCUCCCCCUCCCCCAUCCCAUGCCUCUAUGCCCGUGGCUCCUCCCCCACCGCCUCCUCCUCCCGCCUCCUCAACUCCAUCCGGGACCGGGGUGCCGCCACCUCCCCCUCCUCCACCCCCACCUCCCGGUCCUCCUCCCCCUGCUCCUCCCCCACUCCCGGAGGCUAACGGAGGGGACAGCGGGCUGCCUUCACCCAUGGGGGGCAAGUCGUUGCUGCUGAGUCAGAUCAGAGAGGGCACCCAGCUGAAGAAGGUGGACCAGAGAGAGAGACCAGUGUCGUCCACCGGCAGAGACGCUCUCCUGGACCAAAUCAGACAAGGCAUUCAGCUUAAAUCGAGGGAAGAUACUCCAGACUCAACUCCUCCCACCCCGGCUCCCUCAUCAGGCAUUGUGGGGGCUCUGAUAGAGGUGAUGCAGAAGAGGAGUAAGGCCAUUCACUCCUCAGACGAGGAUGAUGACGAUGAUGAGGACGAAGACUUUGAGGAUGAUGAUGAAUGGGACGACUAGCGAUUUUCCUCCACCUGACCUCCCCCCAGAUGAUUAUGACACUAAAUUGUUCCUGUCUUUCUAAAAGCAAAAAAAGAAAAAAAAUCUUUAAUUUCAAAUUAUAAAUGUAAAUGUUCUGUCGAUUUGCUGUAUAUUUUUGUUGCCUUUAUGCUUUUUUAUUAAUCUGUGCAAUACCUCAUUUAAUCUGUAAAUGUUUGUCAUUCUCAUACCUUACUGUAAAGUUUGUUGUCCCUUCCUCCUGUCACAUUCUCGCUGCCUGUCGGUAUCUUUUUUUUCCUCCUUCUCUCUCUAGUGAUACCAGAAUGUCACGCCUCACUUUUAAACUUGUUUUCUUUUUCUUUCGAUCCCAUCUGUCUCAGUGUCUCCCCCUUCGCCCGUGUCUUCGUCUUUUCCAUAUUUAUCACCUCUAUCUUUCCAUCACUCUAGCAUUACUCUCACCUUUUGCCUUUCUCUCGCACUCUCACUCCCUCCCUCACUCUUUCUCUCUCAUGUCGUCUUGCUCUCACAUAUUCCCUUUUCCCAGAUUAACAUGUGCAAUUUUACAUCAAGUUGUCUGUCAAACCAUAGAGUCGAAUGUGUGUUUUUUUUUUUUUUUUUUCCUUCCUUUUGGUCAGUGAUUGAACAGAGGGCUCCGAAAACAAGUUGCCAGAAAUCCUUCAUCUUGUCAUCAUUGUUAGUCAGAGGGGGGGGGGGAAAUCAAAUUAUUUUCAUACCCUAUCGCUCUCUAGUUUAUUUUUACUUAUUCAAAUGAUCCUAGUUUAGCACUCUCUUAUUUUCUUACAACAAAGAAGAAAAAAAGAAAGAAAGAGCUCUUUUUGGACUAUUUAGCUUCAUUUGCUGUUAACUGUAAAUUUGCUCCAGAGUUUGAGUCUUGUUAUAUUUUUGCACAAAUUGAAAGAGGAGACUCGCUGCAUGACUACAGGACAGUUUCAGGUCUGUAUCAUUAUGGAUCAUGCAUAUGCUUUAAAUAAUGACGCAGAAUACACUUAAGCAGUACGCAUUUUUAACCGUUGUACACCACACCACACCACACUACACACACAUGCACAUACAGAGGUAGCCCACAACAUUAUGGAUGGCUAUCUGUUGUGAAUUUUAGUUCUUUUUUUUAAUCAUUGUCACACUACAGAUUCAAAGGAAAUCAUGCAUUUGUUUUUGUUUUUUUUCCUUUUAUCUUCUUUUUUUUUACAGUAGCAACCGGAGUAAAAAUACCUGUUUGUUUGAAUCAGGUCAUUCAGCAUGUAAAGCUUGAGGAAUAAAGACAUUUUACUUUUACAGACCUUACACUCAUUAUGGGUCCAGAUACUAAGUUACUGUACAGAAACAGUGGAGCUGAAUUAGCGUUUAUCUGCUAUAGACACUAACUGCUAACACAGUGGUAUAGAGAGAAACACAUUUGAUUCAUAACAUUUAUUUGGACUAGAAACAAUACCUUGUUGACUAAGCAUAAUUAAUGAGGUAUACUAUAGAAACAGUUUAUAUACAGAAUUAAAUUGGUCUAUAAUUCUCUACAGAGUCCAAAUAAAUGUAUGUAGACAUAAAUUUCAAUCAGACCUGGGUCAGCUAGUGUUUACCAACAGUUAUUAGCAUUUGUAUUAGUACAAGGUGGUUUGCCACACAGGACAGUACAAUGAGUGCCAGUAGAUUUAAGCAGCCACAGGAAAGCAGUAAUAUCUGGUUAGUACACUUUCCUGUGAUUGAUAGCUGUUCUAGCACUGAUGUGGGAAACCCAAAACCUCGCUGCUAAAUCCAAAUUAAACCAAACUCUAGAUGUUGUGUGCAACUGCAACUUGACCCAGGUUUGAUCCCAACAUUAUGGCCUAAUGUGUGCUCUCUACACUCGAGUGUUGCCCACUAACAGAAUCCAUACAGAGUAGCUCAUAUAUUUGAUCUACCUUUUAAGACAUCAGUGCUGCUCUUUUCAGGUCCAUAGACAAACUCUGGCGAUUGCAGGUUUCAAUAUGGCAGCCACAGUAGACUUUAUGCUCAGCAGUAACAACAGGGUUGCACCUCCUGUCAAGUCAUCGCAGUAAUAUUUAGCUGGAAACUUUUUAAAGCUUCGCCACAGCAACGUUCUGAUGCAGGGCAAAUGCUUUAGAGCAUUAAGAAAUGUAUGGGAAAACCCAUCUAUUGUGUUCUAUGACCUUCGCAAAAUCUGUGCCAGCUGGUUUGUAAAAUUUUUGGCCUCUCACCAAGGCAUUGCUAUCAGGGCAGCAUUGAUAUGAUGUAACCAAGGAGCGCCAGGGCGAAGCAAAUCUCUGGACAUACGGCAGCCAUAAUGCAACCUUCCGCCAAUGGCUCUGACUCUUUAGUAGCCUAAUAAAUCUGUACCUCUAUUUCAUGUUUGGCUUCAAGGUAUAUGUUAUCCGGUGUGGUCACACUUUGCUAAAUUAAACAAGUGGACUCGUGAGAAUAGCAUUUUGCAGGACCAAUGGCUUGGUCCAAAGAAUACUCUGAUCUCAGUGCUGGUCCUACAACCUCUCAACUCAAGCAAUUUUGUUAAUCAAACUUGGUCCAAUAGUAUUGGUGAAGAUCUGGUUCAAAGAUCUAACAUGGCAUUGGUGAAAAUGUUCCUUACUUGUCCAUCAAAUGCCCCUAAACACAGCUUGCUUGCAAUGUUAGUUUUCAUCAUUGACACUAACUGCUCCUUGCUAUGAAGAGCUAACGAACAACCUUGGAUUGAGCGGUCGGCAUUCUUCACUGGCCUGAAUGAGGGAUGCUGAUAUUGCCUGCAUAAUAUUCUUUGGGUCUAUUGAGGUGCCAACUUCUUUUCCUUCACACCAUGACAAGUACCGAAUUCAGUAAAUCAGUAUGAAACUCAAAAUGUCUCUUGUGGUUGUUAGCCAGUCGGGGAAAAGAGGAGUGUUGCUGUCUUCAGGAGACGAAUUGCCACUUGCUAGAUGUUAGAACUCAUCUUUUCUCAAACACCAGGAUACUCUGGGGAAACCUAGCCAUGUUUUCGCUGAUGUUAGUUUCUGUAGGUAACUCAGUUAAUAAGAUGUUAUGGACACCAAGCCUUCCCAUUGAGGCUGGACAGAAUAAUGAACUCUUACAUUGUACACUCAAAUAAAAGGUUGAUAUUUA